ACCCCUACAUCCAACACACACACACACGCCACCCCACCCCCAUAUUUGGACGGCGCAUACAUAGCUAAAAACGAAGUACAGUGCAACGCCAUAAUUCACUAAUACAUCAUAAAUCGUUGAAAGUACCCGCGUUAUAACGACCAAGAGAAAUCUAACAAAUCAAGCGCCCCUUAGUACUUAACUGUAAGCCUGCAACUCUCUAAAACAACCUAAAUGAGCUCUUACUUUGUAAACUCGUUCUCGGGGCGCUACCCAAAUGGCCCCGACUAUCAACUGCUAAAUUAUGGAGCCAGCAGCGGCGCAAUGAACGGCGGGACGUACAGGGACUCUUCCUCCGCCACCAUGCACCAUGCGACGGGCUCUUAUGGCUACAGCUACAAUGGCAUGGACCUGACGGUCACCAACCGGGGAGGGGGGAGCAGCAGCGCCGCCAACGCCGGAGGACACUUCGGGGGCGGAUCAGUCGUCGGGGACUCCCGGGGCUUCGGCUCCCCGGCCCCGGAGAGGGGCUUCAGACAGCCGUCCAGCUGCUCCCUUGCCUCCGCGGCAGACUCGCUCUUGUCACCCGGCGGUGGAGACACCAAGCUGGGUGCCCAGAGCUCGUCUCCCCGGUCGGAGCAACCAGGAAACGGUAAUCUCAGCUCUUCAAACCUGUCGACCAACUCCUCCGGUGGCGGCGGCGGCGGCGGGACGGCGCAGCGCUUCACGGAGCUGGAAGACGCGUCGCCAGAGAACGACGAGUUGCACCACAACCCGGACGCUGGACACGGCAGCAACGCGCCCUCCAGGACCGGACACACGCAGCCCGUGCAGAAACAGGAGGGCGGCGCGGCGGGAUCAGCCGCGGGCAGCACGACGGGCAGCGAGGCUCAGUCACCACAGAUAUUCCCCUGGAUGAGAAAGCUGCACAUUAGCCAUGAUAUGACGGGUCCUGACGGGAAACGGGCGCGGACCGCGUACACCCGGUACCAGACCCUCGAGCUGGAGAAGGAGUUCCACUUCAACCGGUACCUCACGCGGCGGCGGCGGAUCGAGAUUGCGCACGCGCUCUGCCUCACGGAGCGGCAGAUCAAGAUCUGGUUCCAGAACCGGAGGAUGAAGUGGAAGAAGGACAACAAACUGAAAAGCAUGAGCCUCGCCGCUGCCGGUAGCGCCUUCCAACCAUAAAAAUUAAAACCCAUUUUAAAAAUCCAUCCGUCCAUUUGUUUGGAAAGGCACAGGCUUCCCAGGAGGAAACUAAGAGACAGAACAGUAGAAAAAAAUGAAGAAGAGAAUGGAGCAAAAGAAGAAGACGUGAUGAAGAAAUGUGUCUAUCACAAACAGAUUCCAGAUCUAGAUUUCAAAAACACUUCCUAUUAUCAACCGAGUACUGUACAACAGCGCAGCACUUUUUAUUUGUUCGGCAUGUUGGUCUUUGGUGUUUUAGGGCAAUUUAAAAAAUGACUGUGGUACCUGCUCUUGUAAAAGAAAAAAAAAAACAACAACAAUAACUUAGUGUUCUUAUAUGUUCUCGUCGUUUUGAAAAUAGUUGUCCGGAAAAGAGGAGUCGAGGAUGAAUAUGCUACCUAACAUUUCUACCUACGUCCUACCUUGCAACCUCGCUACCUACCUGUUGUUUGAGGUCUAAAUAUCGUCUUAUGUGUCAAGUGCGAUGUUUUGUAAUUGACAAAGUGCUUUCUAGAAAAGUUAGCAUGUGAGCUCUUAUUGUAAGUUAUUUACUGCCAGUAACAAGUGUAUAGCCAACAUGCCCCCCCCCCCCCCCCCCCAGUUACUUUUCAUUCAAAUCUGCUCCCAUUUUAAUUGAGGAUGCAGGGAAGGUAUGAGUGUAUGUGCGUGUGUAUGUGUGUGUGUGUGUGUGUGUGUGUGUGUGUGUAAGUGUAAAAACAAAUCAGCCCUGCCGGCCUCUCCGUAUCCACCCAUUAUGUUGUGUAUAGCUCUAUUAUUCGAAAAAAAUGUAACUGUAUAUUAUUGUUAUUAUUAUUGUAAUUAUUGGAUCUAUGUUCCAGAAAGGAUGUAUAUAGAUACUGACAUUUUUAAAUGUACCCAGUUCACUAUUUGUAGUCGCAGUGUGUGUGUGUGAGAGAGAGAGAGAGAGAGUGUGUGUGUGUACACGCAUGUAAGGGAAAUGGCUACCGUCCUGUAAGGCCUGUAAGCUUCCUGCCAAUGAGCUUUUUGUAUUUGUUUGUAACUUGGAGUAAAACAGAUAAUAACGAAAAAAAAAUAAUAAUAAAGUUCCUCAUACUCGUCAUCGAAACCA